AUGGAAGGGAACGCUUUAUUGCCAGGGAGCGGGCAGGAUGGCAAUCAUCACACCCCCACCGGGGCUGACAAACCUUCCACGGCACCACUCCUUCCAUGCCCCUAUUUCCUCCCUUCUGUUCCCUUCUCCCGAGGCUGGGGGCAAGCAGCCAUCCCAUGGACCCCGCAGCCAGAGUUUGGGUCCUGCGACAGCCGCUGCCUGGGGGCAAACCGCCAUCUUGGGCCUCUCGGGGCUGAGAGCCGCGCCUCCCCUCAGGCGGCAGCGCGGCGGUACGGCGUGCUGCUGUCCGUCCGCGUCGGUGCGGCAGGAGGAGAGCGGGUCCUGUCGCAGCAGCACCCUCUGCCGGGCCGGGCCGGGCCGGGCCUGCCGGCGGGGACCGCUGAGGACAGCCGGGGCAGGGGGCAGGGGGCAGGAGGCCGGCGCGGCGCGGCGCGGCGCAGGCCCGGCGGCCGCAGGAAGGGGAGGGAGGCGGUCGCAGCCAUCAUGCGUGCGCUGCCGGGGUUGGGGCGGCUGCUGGCGGCGCGGGGGUGGGGGUGGCCGCCGCGCCGCUGCCUCGGCGCCAUGGCCCGCUACGGCACGGAGCAGCGGGGGCGGCCCAACUCUCCCGAUUACCGCCUCUACUUUAAGAACGCAGAUGGUAAAUACAUUUCCCCAUUUCAUGAUAUUCCACUCUUUGCUGGAUCCAAAGAGGAUAAAGAGAUUCCUGCAAAGAGGUCAAAGACUACAGGAAAUGAGGUCCUAUUUAAUAUGGUUGUAGAAGUGCCUCGUUGGACAAAUGCAAAAAUGGAGAUUGCCACUGAGGAGCCGUUGAAUCCCAUUAAACAAGAUACAAAGAAAGGCAAGCCUCGAUAUGUGGCAAAUAUCUUUCCUCACAAGGGUUAUAUAUGGAAUUAUGGUGCCCUCCCUCAGACCUGGGAAGAUCCAAACCAUACAGAUAAAAUUACAGGAUGCUGUGGGGAUAAUGAUCCUGUUGAUGUUUGUGAGAUAGGUUCAAAGGUUCGCUCUUCUGGUGAGGUUGUUCAGGUGAAGGUCUUGGGUGUUUUAGCUCUUCUUGAUGAAGGAGAGACAGAUUGGAAGAUAAUUGCCAUUGGUGUGGAUGACCCAGAAGCCCAGAAGAUCCAUGAUAUUAAUGAUGUCAGGAAGCACAAACCAGGUUACCUUGAAGCUACGAUUGACUGGUUCCGAUGUUAUAAAGUCCCUGAUGGUAAACCAGAAAAUCACUUCGCUUUUAAUGGAGAAUUUAAAGACAAGGAUUUUGCUGUUGAAAUUAUUAAAUCAACCCAUGAAUACUGGAAAGCUUUGCUUCAUAAAAAAACAGAAGGAGGUACUGUUAAAUGCACAAAUGUUCUGGUGAGUGGUAGCCCUUUUUGUUGCAGUGAGGAAGAGGCCCGAUCAAUUGUGCAGUCGGCACCAGUGCCUGAGAACGGAGAUUCUGUUUGCCCAGAAGUUGAUUCCUGGUACUUUUUUCCACGUGAUCAUUGAAGUGUUCUGAAGCCACAUCUUCAAAUCUUAAGUCAUCCCAUUUUUGAAGAGAGGCACUAAUGGUUGGGUUCCCGUUGAGACAACUUUUCAAACUAUGUAAACCUUUGAUCAUGUAAAUAAAUGCUGACAUUAUAAAAUUAA